CACUCCUUUGCCCAGCUGGAUAGAACGUUGAACCAACAUCACGUUAACAAGAAAAAUUUUCCUGUCGGAACACAAUGAUGGUUGUCUCUACAUCCAAGCUCUUUUUGCUGGCCUUAUUUUCGGUGGCUGGAAUUGCUAACGCUAAGCUGAAAGUCGAGGUGACCCCAGCAAACAGCUAUGCGAUGGAGUAUUCCUCACUCCAAAUAACCUGCACUGCUUAUGAUGAGGCCAAUGUACAGAUACCAGAAAGCAUCCGAUUUAUUGAAGUAGAUGAUAUCUUGAAUGAGAAGAAUUUAACCGAUAAGGACAGCAACCUCAACUUUACAACAACGCGAGAAGACAGUGGUCGCAAGCUCAUAGUUACCAUGACAAUCCUCAACGUCACAAAAAAAUACGAGUUAGGAAAAGAUAAAAGUUACCGAUGCGUCGCAAACGCAGUGAACAUUAGUAAACCCGCACAGUUUGUCUUCCAUAUUUAUGUAAUUCAAGAAAGUGACAUACCCAAAGUGACUGUCUCUAAUCUGACGGUGGAUCAUUCCGUUUCCGCGACGAUUUUUUGCAACAUAACAUUCAGAGGAAGCCAAACCACAACACUGAAAAGUUUGUGGUUGUCCAAAGACGGCGAAAACCUGAAUGACACUUUAAAGGAGGACGGAAUUUCAGAAUCCACUUCAUUGGUUCUCAAAAGUAUUAGCAUGAAAGAUGGAGGGAUGUAUUCUUGCAACUUGAAAGUCCUCCUUAAAGACAAGGUGCCUCGCGAAAUAAAAGAAACUAGCUCGCUCACAAUUAAACCGUGGUUUGAAAGUAAAGAUGGAGAAACUGUCGCGAAGAAGUUGGGAGACGACUUAACCGUAGAGUGCGGUGCCAGAGGAUACCCUCUGAAGGUGGAAUGGAAGUUUAAGAGUAAGACAGACGAAACAGUUAAGACUUGUAUAGAUUCUUCAAUGGAUGAGCGUUACAAGGUAAGUCAGAAGGGACCUCACGAUCCCUUUUCCUUGACCGUCACGAGCUUGAGCAAAGCUGACCUUGGAGUUUACUACUGCUGUCUGUCAUCAGGCUGCUCUAAGAACAUUAACGAGGAGCAGUGUCAAAGCUUUGACAUCGAUCAAAAAAGUGAACCAACUGCUGGAACAAUGUCUGUGGUUGCCCAUAACGUGUUCCUCAUCUUGAGUUUCUUUGUGGUGUCGCUUUUGAGUUUGUAGAGGACGGGGUAGCGUACCAAACAACUUGAUCCCCACUCUUGACUUCAGCUGAUUUUCAUAUUAUGAGAUGUUCACAGCUUCUGUACGCCACUGAUUCACAAUCAUUGCUAUACCGUCCUCUAAAUUUUUCGGUUGCGUGAAUUUAUAAAACUUCCAUGAUGUUUUAUUAGUAUUAUUGGUCUGCUGGUUAUGACUAGUUUUUCAAGGUUUUUCUUUGGCUAUAAAGAACAAAAUAUUGGACCCAACUUUCAAACACUUCAAAUGUAAUCAUCUUUUCCUUGUUUAUUAUUAGAUAUAAGGGGUAAUUAAAAUUUGCAGACCCUAAAGACAAGUGGCAGUCUUGCCACUUAAUAUAUACCGCCCUGCAUUCACAGAUGAACAAAAAGCUGUGAAAAGAAUCCAGAAUCCAGUACAGUGAGAUCAGAAAGUAAAAUCUACAGUUAUGUUAAGCAGAAUAUAUUGUCUGAAUCAUUUCGCCUAUUUGAACUAUAUAUACUACAACUAUAUAUCCAAUGGAUGUCGUUACACAAAAUUCACCGUAUUACUUAUUACAAACAAGAGUUUGAUGAAAUUUUAUAAGCGCAAAAAUGUAGAAAUAAACUACUGUAGAAAUAAUAAACUUUAGAAUAUUGCUCAA